AUGACCCAACAUGUCCGAUCAGAUUGUGGGAUGGUCGAGUGCAAGGAACCGACCGUGAUGUAUGAGGACAAUGCUGUGUGCAUUGCUCAGCUCAAAGAUGGUUACAUCAAAGGAUACAUGACGAAGCACAUAUUGCCAAAGUUCUUCUUCACGCACGAGCUUCAGAAAGCCGACGAGGUCCAUAUCGUCCAGAUAUGGUCUAGCGAAAAUUUUGCUGACCUAUUCACUAAGUCACUCCCGACUUCUACAUCCAGGAAGCUCACGCAUCAGAUUGGGAUGCGUCGACUGAAAGAUCUUCACUGA